AGACAAAAGGCCUGGGAGAUCUCUUCAUAGCUGUCACCGCAUUCUAACAAGGGACAAAGGGAUUCCAGAAAGGGGCAAGACUUAACACACACGCACGCACGUACACCCAGCAAACAAGCCAAGAGCAGACCCCAGCAAGCGCCACCCCUCCUCCUCCCUCCCUAAAAAGCCAGGCCCUUGCCCCCAGAGUACCUCCUGCUGUUUGCCAGUGACAGCUGGGCAGGCUCGCUAGCCGCACCAACCUAAGAAUCUCGCCGGGCAUUCUGACCUCCAUUGUUGAUUUCUAUCCGGACAGCAAGAGCGUUUUUUAGCUCCCGAGGAAUGCAGGUCAGCCCACAGAAGCAAGACUGACCCUGGGGACCCACCUGAGACUCCUACAUAAGGCGGCCCUGGCAGCAGGCACCACUUCUCCCAGGAACCGCAGCCCACCUGUGACCAUGCUCUCCCGGGGGACCAUCUGCGUCCUGCUGCUCCUCAGUGUGCUCUGGGUGGACCUGACCAGGGCAGGCUCCAGCUUCCUGAGCCCCGGACACCCCAAAGUGCAGAGAAAGGAGUCCAAGACACCAGCAGGCAAGCUGCAGGCCCGAGCGGUGGAAGGCCGGCUGCGCCCUGAAGGUGGGAGUCCGGAGGACGAGGACGGGGCAGAGGACGUGGAAAUCCAGUUCAAUGUCCCCUUUGACAUUGGAAUCAAGGUGUCAGUAGCUCAGUACGGGGAGCAUGGCCGGGCCCUAGACAAGUUCCUCCAGGACAUCCUUUGGGAAGGCAACCAAGAGGCGCCAACUGACAAGUGACCACAGCCCACAGGCGGACCCUGCUCUCCGUUUUCCUCCCUAUCCUGCAGUUAGGGUUCUUUGUCAAGAACCCCUGGACAAGUUCAGGUGGUCAAUAAAUAUUCACACUGCA